AUGAGUCAACAAGUUAUUCUUCCCAACACCGAGUUUGGUAUGCCCGUCGCCUUCAAUCAUGCCGUUGCGGUACCAACGACACCCCUUGGUACAAUCUACAAUAACACCAGCAUGAUGGUUGAUGAACAGACUAACGGCGAAGGCUCACAGGCUCAACCACAAAGCGUAGCCGGGAUCUUACCAAUAUUGCAAAAUAUUGUUGCUACGGUCAACCUUGGUUGUAAACUCGACCUAAAGACCAUUGCCCUUCAUGCUAGAAAUGCAGAAUACAAUCCAAAGGUACUACCGCAUUGCUAUGCGUUGCGUUUCGCUGCUGUUAUCAUGAGGAUACGUGAGCCAAAAACGACUGCACUCAUCUUUGCUUCGGGAAAGAUGGUGGUUACUGGUGCUAAAUCAGAAGACGACUCAAAACUUGCAAGUAGAAAGUACGCUCGCAUCAUCCAGAAACUUGGAUUUAACGCAAAGUUUACGGAUUUCAAAAUCCAAAACAUUGUGGGUUCUUGUGAUGUGAAAUUUCCAAUACGCUUGGAAGGCCUGGCUUACUCUCACGGACACUUCAGCAGUUACGAACCCGAACUGUUCCCGGGGUUAAUUUACAGGAUGGUAAAGCCGAAGAUUGUAUUACUAAUCUUCGUGUCUGGGAAGAUCGUCCUUACUGGUGCCAAAGUGCGUGAGGAAAUUUAUCAGGCAUUUGAGGCUAUCUAUCCCGUACUGACGGAAUUCAGAAAGCCUUGA